AUGGUGUUUCGGGAGGACAGUGUCAACCUGGCCCUACAGCAGGGCGUUGUUUUGACCUUCAGCCGACCGGUAUGCUUCAUUUUCGUUUAUAAUUACAAUCAGAGUCUGUACUAUGUUGGAAAUGCAUCAAUCGAUCAGAUUACGGGAAAUGUUCAUCACGCUGCGCUUCGAGCUCAAAUUAGAGCCAUCGCAGGCAGUCGCACAGCGACCAGAGGUACGUGUAGAAUGAGAGUACCGGUAAAAACAAGGGGAACUGAAACUGUAAUUUGGCGACUUUUAGGCGUCGUCAGACAGUCUUAUCUUUCCAUAGGUUUGUAGGAACUGAGGUUUGAACCCACAUACUUGCAUGCGAAGAUCAGUUUGCACGCGUCAGUCUUCGGGCCAGCCUAUACUGUACGCAUAUGCGAGGUAAGCUAUUACAUCCUAUGUGAACCUGGCCUUAACAGUACCGCAGUUCGCUUGGGGUGAAGGUGUGAGGUCAAUGCUGCCCAAGCCUUCUGUAGUCUAUUUUGUGCUCGUAUCUUCGGCUUGACGAAGGUCGUUAUCGGUGGUUACGAUGGGUAGGCCAUCAGAGUAAAAGUAGUGUAAUUAAAGAAACGCUAUCUGCCUCCCCACCCCAUCAUUGUCAUUCCCAAUGGAGAUAGACAAAGUGACGGACCUCAAGUCCAAGCCGACGCGAUUCAGGAGAUUUAGAUGGAGCAGUGAUGAGUAGCUCGCUUUAGUGAAUUCAUGAGGCUGAAUAGGGGGAAAGCGAUGUGGGUAUGUCCUUAGGUCCGGAUCUAUGCUGCCGUUUGCGUCGACUGCGCGUCAUAUCCUCUUAUUUUGUUUCUUUAUCCAUUUCCAUCGUUCUCUUGCGUUUUUCCCCUGAUCUACGCUCCUUUCUUCCUGUUGAAAUCCCGAAUUGCUCGUAGGUGGACUCUCAAGUCUCCGACGCCUGUUCCUACGAUCGUGCUGAGAGUAACGGCUACGAGGGUGGGGAUGGGACAUCCGAGGAACAGACCUAUCCAGAUUACAGUCCGACAUUGCCUUGUCAUUCCUCCUCCCUACCCUGUCAGCAGACUGACAGAAGCUCGUGUUAUUCCACCGGCUCAGAUCACGCGGUUCCCUUGCAACUUCUUCCCAGCAGUAGUCCUGCUGCGGUGGAACCUUCCGCGAAUCGGCCUUACCUGCCUCCGAUGUUGCACCAAGCCUGGCCAGCUGGAGCACCUGUUUCCUGUACUGCCUCUUCAGGUUCCUCUGCUUCCUACCUUCCAACUUCACCCCGGGGGGCCAUUGGCGGUUAUAGUUUAACCAGUAAGCUGACCGCCUUUCCUGAGAGUCUCGGCCGCGAUCCAUCCAAUCGGGACCCCUAG